GCACCUGAUGCUCCUGUGCGUGCUCACCUCUGCCUCCAUUGUCCUGGGCGUGCUCACCCUGGCCUCAUGCACGCGCCAGUGUCAGAGCAUGGACGGUGAGAGUUCAGCGCACACCACAGCAAUUCAUCCCGCGUGCAUUCAUGGACUUGCGGGGAGUCUGCUGCUUCGCAUCCUGUUCUUCGUUACCACGAUCCUCUUCAUUAUGUCGGCGACUUUCAUAAACAUGAUUACUUGUGGGAGCACAGGCGGAGAGCACAUCAUUAUAGCUAAUAAUGACAGCAGCGGAAACUUUACGACUGAAAUCAUUGAGGAAAUACCUUAUGAUUGCGGACUCGUCCGAUACCAACUACCAUGCUCAAUGCUAGCACUGACCACUGUGUCGGUCUACCUUAGAAUAAAUUUCCUUUUGAAGCUGCUGGCAAUGAUGAAUGGAUUGGCAUCAUUUUCGCUGGCAUUCAUCUUCUUCCGGUCUGACCUCUACGGCGAUUCACUGGAACCUGAACCUGGGCUAUCAAACGUGCCGUACAGCGCUUACGCAGCUCUUUUUCUCGUGUUCUACGUGGUUGUUCUUCACAUUUUGGAUAGGCAGGUGGAGUACAUGGCACGUGUAGACUUUUUGUCCCGAGCCAAACUACGCGUCGAGCACGAUGAGAUGGAGACCAUGGGAAGCAUCAACAAGAUUCUGUUGGAAAACAUCCUGCCGGCACACGUCGCAGCACACUUCCUCAACAGCGGCAGGGUUUCACAAGAGCUUUAUCACGAACGCUACAGCAACGUGGCGGUGAUGUUCGCUUCCAUACCCAACUACAUAGAGUUUUACGACGAGACUGACGUCAACAAACAAGGGUUGGAGUGCUUGCGACUUCUCAAUGAAAUCAUCUGUGACUUCGACAAGCUCUUGUUGAAGCCGAAGUUCAGUGUUAUCGAGAAAAUCAAGACUAUCGGCAGCACUUACAUGGCUGCAGCUGGCCUUCAACCCGGCCGGGAAGAAAAUGGGGACAAGCCACGUGAUGAUCACAACGUUGUCAGCCUGGUGGAGUUCGCCAUCGCGCUGACGGCGCUUCUCGAGCAAAUAAACAGAGAAUCAUUUCAACGCUUCAAGCUCAGAAUCGGUAUCAACCAUGGCCCAGUCAUAGCCGGGGUCGUGGGUGCACAAAAGCCCCAAUAUGAUAUUUGGGGCAACACCGUCAAUGUUGCCAGUCGUAUGGACAGCUGCGGCGUCAUCGGCCGGAUCCAAGUCACCGAAGACACCGCCAAGAAACUCCAGGAGUGUGGUUACGAGUGUGAGUGCAGAGGAUCCACUUACGUAAAGGGGAAAGGCACCCUGACCACGUUCUUCGUCAAGACACAGUUCGAUAGAAGCGACUCGUGAGCGACCUCUCCCCGUGUGUACCGUCUUCGUGCCAGUUACGCAGCCAUUCCAGCUGGUCCAUCCAUUGUUUCUGUUUCGGCAUUAACAGACCGCCGAGAGGAACAUGAAAGUCCACAAUCGAAUGCCCGAUUCCUCUGCAGCGCAGCGCCUUUCAGUGGUGCUAAAAGCACAAGUGCGCUCGCAAGGUGGAAGUAACUCACCUGCGCGUGCCUUUCAGGAGGUACCUAGACUCAUCCUGUGUGUGCAAAGGCGUGACAUAGCCACAACGGGCCGAAGAGCUGUCCUUUAGACAACCAGCACAGACUGAAUAUAUGUAUAUUAGGCAGCUAUGCUGUUGUGCCCGAAAAGCUAACUUUGCUCCGCGCCCAUGAUGCCAUCUAAAUGAGGCACUGUGCUUUCAUGACGCCGAGCGAGAUUUGCUCCUCAAUAGCAUGAGCUCGUUUGAGAUUACCUUCAUGGUGCAUACAUCCCGAAGUGCAAAUAUCCCAAGGUGAAUCCCGUCAAUCAUCUCGCAACACCAGAAAGUUACUCUCAUUCACGCUCACACCGAGUAAAUCAAGCACACCAUUACAGGAGCCAUGGAUGCCAGACGCCUCCCUGUUGAACUCCAGACGCACAAGUGAAAUCUAUAAUCCAACUAACAAUUCCGAAGCCUUUGUUGUUUAAUGGCUGCCCGUGUUGUUAAUAUUGUGGGCUCAGAAUCACGUAUAUUGUAAAAAUAAUAAGGAAAACUAUACACAUAGAUAUUUAUCUUGAUGGAACCGUUCUACGAUCCCGUAGUAUGAACCUGUUGAGAAUCAUACAUUAAAUAUUUUUCUCUCAUCGUAUUUCA